AAUCACGAUCAACUGUCUCCAACAAUUUGAAUCGAAUUAUAUCUUUUAAAAAAACUUUGAAACCCAAUGCUGUACCCACACUGAUGUUGGAGCUAGAAACCGAGAAAUCUAAGCGUUCACAAAAAAUACGAGAAACUCUUUUUGAAGAAAAUUCUAAUGAUUCCAAUUCAUCACUAUGUUUGUCUCUUUUAGAUAACUCACCAGUUAUUUAUGGAUGUUGUUCAACAGAUAAGGAAACA